CGCGCACUGCUGGGAGCUCGCACUUCUUCCAGCCUCCUGCGGGCUCUGGACUUGACUCUGACUGCAGCGCUGGCCACGGGGGCGCGGAUCUAGGGCCUUUGUCCAGAGCUGCAGGAUGCGCGGGAAGCGCCAAGCAGCGGAGUAGCUGUGCGCGAGGGAAGCGAGUCUCAGAGCCAAGGAACGCCGCCCAGCAGUGCUGGGGCAGCUGGGGAUGAAUGCGAGGCUGCCGCGUGCGAGUUCCCACUUGGCUGUGUGACGUGUGGCUGUGCCAGCACUCCUAGUUGUGAAGACCCAGUACUGAAGACAGACAUUGGACAGGCCUGGUUCAGCCCACUGGGUUCCAGGAGUAAGUUGAAGCCCUCACAGGAACAUGAGUGAGGACACGGUCCCUGAGGCGGCCUCGCCUCCACCCUCUCAAGGCCAGCACUACUUUGACCGGUUCUCUGAGGAUGACCCUGAAUACCUGCGCCUUCGCAACCGUGCGGCUGACCUGCGGCAGGACUUCAACCUGAUGGAGCAGAAGAAGAGGGUCACCAUGAUCCUGCAGAGCCCUUCUUUCAGGGAAGAGCUGGAAGGUCUCAUCCAGGAACAGAUGAAGAAAGGCAACAAUUCCUCCAACAUCUGGGCGCUACGACAGAUUGCGGACUUCAUGGCCAGCACCUCCCACGCAGUCUUCCCAGCUUCUUCCAUGAACUUCUCCAUGAUGACGCCCAUCAAUGACCUCCACACUGCUGACUCCCUGAACCUGGCCAAGGGGGAGAGGCUUAUGCGGUGCAAGAUCAGCAGUGUCUACCGCCUCCUGGACCUCUAUGGCUGGGCGCAGCUCAGCGACACCUAUGUCACGAUGAGAGUGAGCAAGGAGCAAGAUCACUUCCUGAUCAGCCCCAAGGGGGUUUCCUGCAGUGAGGUCACAGCGUCUAGCCUGAUCAAGGUGAACAUUCUGGGAGAGGUGGUAGAGAAGGGCAGCAGUUGCUUCCCGGUGGACACCACGGGCUUCAGUCUGCACUCAGCCAUCUAUGCUGCCAGGCCCGAUGUGCGGUGCGCCAUCCACCUGCAUACGCCUGCCACAGCCGCGGUGUCAGCUAUGAAGUGUGGCCUCCUGCCUGUCUCCCAUAAUGCCCUGCUGGUGGGAGACAUGGCCUACUAUGACUUCAAUGGGGAAAUGGAGCAGGAAGCAGAUCGAAUCAAUUUGCAGAAGUGCCUUGGACCGACCUGCAAGAUCCUGGUGCUGAGAAACCAUGGCAUGGUCGCUCUGGGUGACACCGUGGAGGAGGCUUUCUAUAAGGUCUUCCACCUGCAGGCUGCAUGUGAGGUACAGGUAUCAGCUCUGUCCAGCGCUGGAGGAACUGAGAACCUUAUUCUCCUAGAGCAAGAGAAACACCGGCCACAUGAGGUGGGCUCUGUGCAGUGGGCAGGCAGCACCUUUGGACCCAUGCAGAAGAGCCGGCUGGGAGAACAUGAAUUUGAAGCCCUCAUGAGGAUGCUGGACAACUUAGGCUACAGGACAGGCUACACAUAUCGCCACCCCUUUGUCCAAGAGAAAACCAAACACAAAAGUGAAGUGGAGAUCCCAGCCACAGUCACUGCCUUUGUGUUCGAAGAGGACGGUGCCCCAGUCCCUGCCCUGCGCCAGCAUGCUCAGAAGCAGCAGAAGGAGAAGACCCGUUGGCUUAACACGCCCAACACCUACCUGCGGGUGAAUGUGGCUGACGAGGUGCAGAGGAAUAUGGGCAGUCCCCGGCCCAAGACCACGUGGAUGAAAGCUGACGAGGUGGAAAAGUCCAGCAGUGGCAUGCCUAUACGGAUCGAAAACCCAAACCAAUUUGUGCCUCUCUACACUGACCCCCAAGAAGUGCUGGACAUGAGGAACAAGAUUCGAGAACAAAACCGACAAGACAUAAAGUCUGCAGGGCCCCAGUCCCAACUCUUGGCCAGCGUCAUCGCCGAGAAGAGCCGGAGCCCGUCCACAGAGAGCCAGCUGAUGUCCAAGGGCGACGCAGAUACCAAAGACGAAUCAGAGGAGACAGUGCCCAAUCCCUUCAGCCAACUCACCGACCAGGAGCUGGAGGAGUACAAGAAGGAGGUGGAGAGGAAGAAGCUAGAACAGGAGCAGGAAGGGGAAAAGGACACAGCCACGGAAGGACCUGGAUCACCCGUAAAAUCCACACCUGCAUCUCCAGCGCAGAGUCCAACGAAGGCAGGGACCAAGAGCCCAGCAGUUUCUCCUUCCAAGGCUUCAGAAGAUGCCAAGAAGACAGAAGACAGCGAAGCCACCACGGAACCUGAGCCAACAAAACAGGAAGGGGUCGUGGUGAACGGGAAGGAGGAGGAGCCAAGUGCAGAAGAGGUCCUCAGCAAAGGACUGGGCCAGAUGACCACCAAUGCUGACACUGAUGGUGACAGCUACAAGGACAAAACCGAGUCAGUUACAAGUGGCCCCUUGUCCCCAGAGGGCUCGCCCUCCAAAUCACCCUCCAAAAAGAAAAAGAAAUUCCGAACCCCCUCCUUCCUGAAGAAGAGCAAGAAGAAGGAGAAGGUGGAAUCUUGAUCUGUGGCUCCUGCUGCAUCCCUGCCCUCCUUCCCUGCCCUUCUUCCAACUCUGCCCCUGGAGCACAGGGCCAACAAGGGACAGAGAAGGACCUGGGAUCACACUCAGAGGGGAGCUUAGAGCCAGCCUUCCCAGAGCAGCCAGGUGUCUUGCCCACAAUCACAGUUGGUUGGUGGUAGAGCCUGCCCUAAAGUUGAGCUUCCUGACUCCCAUGGUCGUGCUCUGUCCUCCGUUUAACACUGCCUAGUCCUGGGCUGCCUUUGUCAGGACACCGCCUGCCAGCCUGAGCCCAGGGCAGGAAAGCCGAGCACCAGGCAUGGUCAUACAUGCUCGCAGGCCAAGGCUUCCUCUGAGUAAACUCCAUCUCUUCCCAGGACACCUGCCUCUUGUUGAUGGAGCUGUCUCCACAGCAAGAAGCCAUGCUUCUUCUCUUCCAUUUUGGGUCCCUUCUUCCUGCUCAAAGUAACCAGGCAGACUGACCUGCUCCCCCUCCUCCCAACAGAAAUUAAUCUUCUAUCCCCAGGCUGAUGGCUUAGCUUGUACUUUUCCAAACACUAAUCCUGAGCUUUUGACAUGGAACCCAUUGAGUGAUGGAUGGAAGAACCCUAAGAACUGACAGAUAGAAGGCAAGCCUAGUCAGCUUAACGAGUAGACAGAGAGCCAUCAAUCUAAGAGCUAGGAUCCUGGCCUGUCUAUAUUGUGCAUCUCAUGGGCUGCAAAAUUAAACCCAACUGUAACAUAAGAAAAAGUCUCAUGCGUAGGGCAGGAAUUCAAGGGCAUCUAAAUCUUGUGCUGGCAUUGAGUUAUGCGAGGAAGGUCAAAUGCCGCUUUGGCUUUGCAUAAUAUGCAGGCCUGCACCUGGCAGUCAGGUGUCCUUUGGCCUUCCCAAAUACCUAAGAGCCCUUGCCCAUAGCAUCUUACUCUUGGCAUCUUGACCUUGGUUCUUUGGGUCCCAACUCUGAGUCACAGAAGGUGCAGCAGAGGACAGUCAGAUUCUCUCACUAACUCUCAGAGACAUGCCUGGCAUUCCCAACCCCUUCACUCUUGCAACCCAGACUUGGUAAUAGGUACAGCUGUUAUGUUAAAAGUCAACACUGGUUUUCCAUAUCCUCCCAAGGAGUCCUGUUGGCUGAUGAGCACUUCUGCCUCUAAGACAAUCCAUCUUCCUUAAAGCACAGCAUCUUGAAGGAGCACUUCUCCUCUUUGUCCCGAUUACUGUAAAGGUAUCUUUGACACCCCUUGACUAAUCAUUUUUCACUCUGCACACCUGCUGUCUACAGACACCAUACAGGCUUUACCCUCUGUCAUCCUGACUCCUCCCUUUUUCUGAAAGGAAACUGAACCCCUUCAGGGAUAACUGACUUGCUGAGCAAGACCUGAAGGCUGGGUUUGAACCCAGGUCAGUCUGAGCCGAGUGCUGGCUCUUCCAAGCCGCGGUGAGUGGACAGUGGCUUUGACCCAUUUAGCCAUUUCUGCAACUGGUCUUGGCUGUGUGGCUUUAGCACUUGCGAUGAUGUUAGAUCACCUGUUGUCCGCCUAAGUGAUGUGGUCAGCUCCUGCUGACCAGGGGUAGUGGUAAGAUCUAUGUCUUUGACCACAGAGAGCUGAACCCUAUGGCUACAGCAGAAAAUCCCACCACCCUUGGCUGUUGUCUCUUGAGCAGAUCUGAGACCCUAGUGCCGAACUGUGGUUGCUGCCCAGGUCCUGUGUUUGCUCUGCUUUCUGGCUGGGUCAAGUCUAAUGAUAGACAACCCAGUGCCCCUGCCUGAAUGCUCAGAAGCUUCUAUCUUCCUAUAGGAGCUGCCUUCUUAGAAAUAAUUUUCACAUUUAUUCAUUCAUUUUCUCUGAAUAGUCAUUGACCAUCCACUCAUGUGAGACACUUAAAAAAAAUGAUGAGAGGCAUCGACCCCACAGAGGUGGUGCUUGUGUGAGCUAGUGCUCAAGAUGAAGUCUGUUGUUUCUGCCCGACAUGCUCCCUUUUUUAUCUUUAUGACAGUGAGGUUUGCUAAGGUUAAAAUGUCGGAGCUUUGCUGUAGUGUCAUAUUGGAGUCAAAGUCAUGGUUCAGCUCAUACUCGCCCAGCUGUUUAUCCCUUGUAUGUUCAGAAAACAGGCAUCGAUGAGCAUCUGAGACAUGUAGACAAGUUACAGAGCAGGCAGGGUAUGCAGAGAGCCAGGACAGCAGAGACUGACCUGUGAUGGGCACGGGGAAGCCUUCAGGAAAAUUGAUGGCUGCAUUAGUUUUAAAAUGAGAGGAACUUUUGGGGGGUAAGUCAGCAGAGGUGGACGGAUGUGGGAGCAUGGGGUUCCACAUCCUGUCUUUCUGGGCCUCUUGGUAUUGUCAUAGUGUUACGUGAAAGGUGACAGAAGUGGUUACAUCCCAGGUGGGCAAGGCUGGGUCGUAGGAAGACUUGUAGACAGUGUGGAGAUCUGAAUUUUACCAUGUCCUGGGCAUGAGGACUGCUAAUUAGGGUAGAAUCGUUAAUAGAGUGCACUGGAGAGUCCCUUUCGUGGCCACUUGGAGGGUGUGUGUGAGACCGCUGGCUGACCUCGUGCUGUGCUCUCCCCACUGCUGCAGUGGGUUUCUAGCUCAGAAUUCCUUUCAUAGAAUUCUUGGGGAAACCCCUGAAGUCUUUAGCGAGCUAACGAUGCUAGGUUCACAGCCCCGGACCCUAUUUUGCUUUGGGACGAGAUCAUGGAAGUAUAAAGACAUUUCGUCAAUUUCCUUCUUCCCUCGUACAUAAAGGAUGUGACGUGCACAGCUCUGAGACUGUAGAAACGGCUGUGCAGGCCAGACAGGGCAUCUCUCUGGUUCGCUGAUGAGAAGGGCUGUUUGUAAGCUCAGAGCUUACCGGGCAUCGGCUUGUUUCUCCCUGAGCCACUGGAAUUGCCUCUGAGAGGAGCGUUGGUGCUACCGUGUGACCAGCCGAUGAGAAAAACAAAGCGGCUUCCUGACCUCUUUCCACGUACAGGUGUGUAGGACUAGGUCGGAGAGAGGCGACCCUAGCUCCUGUGAUGUCACACACUGGGGAGAUGCUCUGGCUCCAGCCUGCAUCUGGGCUCUUAUCAGCUGACCCAAGGUCUGGUCCCUCUGGAGCCAUGGCAAGGGACAGCUGCUACUUGGUAAUGAGUGUGAAGUCCUUGCUCUGUGGACAGAGGAUGUGAGGGACGUGGUUGAGGACCACAAGUCUCUCACAAACCCAUGGUAAGGCACUGUUCUGAGCCCUCCAAUCAUAGACACCAUGCCUAAACCUAGCCCCUGUGGGAUGACAACAUGGAAGAUGGCGGGCGUCUAGCCUUGUGACAACAGGGCCACAGCUCCUGUUGGUGUGAGCAGAAAAUGCUGUAAUGGCUCUGAAAGAACCAUUCACUCCUGAGUGUCCAAGUUAGACCUAUGUUUGCUUAGGGACAGGACAUACCCUGUGGGGGCCACUGUGCCAGGCCUUUUCAUAAGUGUUAGUUUUAUGUCUUAGUUCUAGGCCAAAGGUAAUGAGUUCCUGACAGCUGAAUGGGACUAUUGAAACACUCAUUCAUCCCUUGCUCAUUUUACACAUGUGACCCCACAGAUACCCCGGCUCUUGGCAUAGUUACCAUCCACUGUGGCCAGAGAGGGCCUAAGGCUUCUUACAUUUCUUGCCACUAAGACCAAUUAAACUCUCUAUGACCCGCUCCCCAUAUAAUUCAGAAACUGUGAGACCUGAGUGAAAUGCUAGAUAUCUGCCCUCCACGCCCGUGGACAGGACAGGACACCUCACAGCUUACAGGACAUGUAAUAGGACAUCACGCCUGCACCACGAGUGGUCUGAAACGUGUGAGUUCAUAGAGGCAACUGAAGUUCUCGAACACGUCCAUUUGUUUUCUGUGUGCACAUCCUCUUCCUCCAAUGUGAAGAGGCAGCCACAGUGACUGUGUCUGCGUGGGACUGCGUCCCAGAGCCGUGUCCAACCAGGAUGCGGUGCUCUUCCUGUCAGAAAUGAGGCCACAUAGAGAGCUCUGUUCCCAAGGCUCUUGACUCCUCUGUCCUCACUGGGGAAGCCACCUUGUCCAGAGGUGUGAGGAUUUCACACAGUGGGAUAUCCUUCAGCGGACAAAGCACCUUUCCUUGUCUCUGCCCUGGCAGUGCCCUUGAGGGCUGCUUUCCAUGGGGACAGUUAGCAAGACUCAGUACUGCAUGUCCCUAGAAAGUAUGGAAGUCUUGUCCUACCUCCUUCACAUAUGGGUGACAUUAGGAUUUGCCAAAUUGAUACUUGUGGAGUUGUCUUCAGGAUUCUCCCACAAGUUGAGUCAUGUCUUCCCUUGAAGACUUGGGGCCAGAGAUAAAGGAGGUUCAAGAUGCCGGGAGGGCCCAGGUGCCUGAUAAGGCAGAAUCUUCCAUGGGCCCCCAGCUCCUUCCUCACCCUCUCUGUCCCAAGCACCUGGUGAGGCUGGACCCUGAGGAUACUUCCCUUGUCUCUUGGGCAGAGAUGACAUCACCAGAACUCAAGAAAUGUUGGGAAGGACCUAAACUCUUCUUUCCUGAAAACCAACCUGUGGCCCCUUUAACAUGAAUCAAAGUGGCAGCUGGACCUAAGCCAGGGGGUCUCACUUGGGAAAUGUCACAGAACCUUAUAUGAUGACAAUACAUUUGGGGAAGCUCCAGACCCACAUGUCAGUGCCAUCUUGUGUCUGUGGGUCUUACUGUGGUUGGUGACUCAUAGCACAAGACUGCCCUGUCUGUAAAUUCCUUGAACUGCUAAAGGUCCCGAGUCCAAGGGUUAAGCAAAGUGGGUGAAACAGGCGCCUAGCAGGACCCAAGGGGUGCAGGGUCCCAGGAACCCAGGAUGGCCAGGGAGUGCGGUGUCUCGUGAGUGAUGUGUGGGUGGUGGUGGUGAAAUGUCUGUUGGACAAUCGUCACAUAAGAAUAUGACUUAUUGUCUUCCCUUGUAUAUAGGCUGUCUGUGUUUGGCUUUUCCUAGUUCUUUGAGGUUUUGAAGAGGGAUUCCAUGUAACACUGUGCUGUGACAUGCCGCCCUCCCCCAAGAUCAUACAUCAUCCCCACAAACGGUUCUGCCUUUCUCUAUGCUAACACAUUGAGCCACUGAUGUGCAGUUGGAUGGUUAGGCUCUUGGGUUUUAUUUUGCAAUUUUAUAUAUAAUAUACAUAUAUAAUAUAUAUUUAUGGGUUGGUUUUAUAUGGUUUUCUGUUUGAAUCUAUGAACAACAAAGCUUCCCUUUGAUUUUCAUGAGAACUUUCCAAAGGCCUUUUUCUGCUUUGGUAUCUGACUGUGUUUGGGGUGGACCCUGCCCAUGGGUUUCUCUGUGUGUGCUGUUAUUUCACCUGCAGACCUUACCCUAGUAAACCAGAUGUGCUUGACUUC